AUGGAAAAAUUCGUUUCCGCUGUUCUCGGCGAUCUCGUCAGUCGAUCGGUCUCCUUCGUUGUCAACACCUGCUACCGUCAGAAGGGUGUGGAGGAGUACCUACCACGGCUGCGCGGGGUGCUGCUGCAAAUCCAGGCCACCGUGGAGGAAGCCGAGGGCAGGCACAUCACGAACCAAGCGAUGCUCCGGCAGCUCCAGAUGCUAAGAGAAGCCAUGUACAAAGGCUGCUAUCUUCUUGAUAAUUUCACAUACCGGAUGCUGCAUCAAAAGAGGAACAAUGAUCAGGUUAGUGGCCACCCCUUCGCCUUGUCAAUACAUAGUCCAGCCAAGCGCUUGUGCUCCUCUACCAGGAGGAUGGGAGUGGAAUUUCAAGGCGAUGGGUUGGAGGAGCUGCAGGAGAUGCUACGAAGCCUGCAUAGCAUCAUGGAUGAUAUGUCAGAGUUCAUCAUAUUCUUGAAAUCCUAUCCUCACAUCAGCCGUGAGCCUUACAGCGAGUACUUGUUCAUGGAGAAGUGCAUGUUUGGCCGCCAAGCAGAGAUGGACAAGAUCAUGGGCUUCUUGUUAAAGCCAGAGCCUCCAGGAGCUCAGGGUUUGCAAGUGCUUCCUAUUAUUGGCCCACCAAGAGUUGGGAAAAGCACUCUCGUUGAGCAUGUCUGUUAUGAUGAGAGGGUGCGCAACCACUUCUCUUCGAUCAUUCUAUGCAGUGGAGAUCCUACUGCUGCUCCAAAAGGCAUGAGUGGUAUAGUGAAGAAGCAAACCCAUGGUUCACAUGGAAGGUCACUUGUUGUCAUGGAGCUUGCUGAUGGGUUAGUUAUAGAUGAGAGGGAAUGCAGAAAGUUAUACUCUUCAGCGAGCCACAUGCCACCAGGAAGUAAAGUUAUUGUCACAAGUAGAUCAGACAAUAUCUUAAAACUUGGAACUACGGGAGCUAUUAGAUUGGAUUUUUUGUCUCAGGAAGCCUACUGGUAUUUCUUCAAGGUGAUAGCUUUUGGAAGCACAAACCCUGAUGACCAUCCGGAGCUAGCAUCAAUAGCUAUGGAAAUCGCAGAAGAGCUAGAUAGGUCUUUCUUGAGCGCAAACCUUUAUGGUGGAUUUCUGAGAGACAAGCCUUCAAUUUCAAAGUCACCGAGUCCAUGCUUCAACUUUUGCAAGUUCUCGAAGCAAGCAGAGAAAAGACAACAGGACAUAUCACUGUGCAGCCCCUCCGUCGUCAAGUUCAAAGUCAUUGGUAACCUGAAAGGAGCGCUGAAAAUUCAAAGCCACUCCAGCGUUCUAGCUGUUUCAGCAAGCGUGUUUCACUCACCAGCGUUCGCAAUGGAGGCCCUCGUUUCUGCGGUCCUCGGUGACCUCAUCAGCCGAUCCAUAUCCUUCGCCGUGGACAGGUGCUGCCACCGGCGGCGCAAGGGCGGCAUAGAGGACUCCCCGCUCCGUCUGCGCCGCGUGCUUCUACGAGUCCAGGCCGUCGUCGAGGAGGCCGACCGGCGGCGGGUCACCAACCAGGCGAUGCUCCGGCAGCUUCAGCUGAUGAGGGAAGGCGUGUACAGGGGCUACUACCUCCUCAGCGCCUUCAAGAGCCAAGGCGCUAUGCAAGGCAAGACCCAACAAGAUCGCGAGGUCAGUCACUCAUCGUCGUCGUUCGCCUUGUCCCAGUUCAAUCCGGCGAAGCGCCUGUGUACUGUCUCCGCCAGGACGACGACGGCGAACGUGGCAUCUGACGACACCAGACGCGAGGGGGAUGCGGAGGCGGAGCUGCGAGAGGUCCUCACCAGCCUAGAGCGCAUGGCCAACGACAUGAAGGAGCUCGUCGUGUUCUUGAGCUGCUACCCUCCCACGCGCCGCGAGCCUUACAGCGGGCACCUGUGGUUGGAGAACCGCAUGUUCGGGCGCGAGGCAGAGCAGGAGAGGAUCAUGAGCUUCUUGCUGGAAACAGAGCCGCCUGUGGGCACAGAAGAUCUGGGCGUUCUUCCGGUGAUCGGUCGAGCAAGAGUUGGCAAGAGCACCCUCGUCGAGCACGUCUGCUGA